CUCUUAUAUGCGUUUAUAGGGAAAAGGGAGUGACAUUUUUGUGUGUAGAUUUAGAGUUUGUAUGCUGCUAAAGAGUCGAUCGUUCAAAGGAAGUAGAUAUUCCUCAACACGAAUAUAUUUCCAGCUAUCGUCAUCUCCUCAUUCACGACCAUUACAACUUUUAGCAUCAAUGAUAAUACUCGUAAUUUACAAGUAAACACCUACAUACCGAUCUCGUAAACUGGUAUGCACAGAAUCCAGCCAUGGCAGAGACCCUCAACUACCUAGUGCACCGGUACGGCGCACACGAGCUUCAACACAUAGGGGUCUGGGACGUGGACAUUGAAGACAAGAGCAAGAGCAAAUACUGGAUCAUCUACAUCCACGGCGGCGCCUGGCGGGACCCGCGCAUAAGUCACCAGACCUUUGCGCCGAUUAUAUCGCGCAUCGUACAACCACAAACUAACCCUCCUCCUUCCACUCACCCUCACCCUAACCCUUCUACCCCCAAUUCCACCUCUCUCUCCCCCUCCCGCUCCACCUCCGCCCCUACCUCUAGCCAUGCCAACCCCGCCCCCAGCAACGCCAACGCCAACCCCACACCCGCAAUAGCAUUCAUCGCAGCCUUCGCAUCCCUAGACUACCGCCUCAGCCCGCACCCCUCCUUCCCGCAGGACCCGGCGACAACCCCCGCGCGCCGGUUCCGCGGGGCGCGGCACCCGGACCACCUGCGGGACGUGCGCGCCGCGAUCGCCUUCCUGCAGCGGCGCUACGGGUUCGGAGACCGCUAUGUCCUUGCGGGCCACUCGUGCGGCGGGUUCAUGGCGUAUCAGGUUUUGCUGGGGGCGGAGUUCGCUGCUGGGGGCGAAGGGGAGUGGGAGGGAGGAGAAGAGGCGGAGGAAGAAGAAGGCUGGGAAAUCAUCGCCUCCCCCUCCCCCUCCCCCUCCCUCACCCCCCCCCAAGCCGUCUUCGGCAUCGAAGGGAUCUACGACCUCGCCGGCCUCAACGCCCGCUUCCAAGAUUCCUACACGGAAUUCCUCAGCGGCGCCUUCGGGCCCCCCUCACCCUCCUGGGACGCCGUAUCCCCCAUGAAAUGCGCCUCCUCCCGGCGCUACGGCGACCUGUUCCCCGGUGGAUUAGCGGUGCUGGGCCAUUCCCCCGACGACGAGCUAGUCGAUAUGCCGGAGGCGGACGGGAUGGCGGCGCGGCUAAGGCGGGACGGGGUAAAGGAGGUUUGGCUGGAUAAGGGGUUAAAGGGCACGCAUGAUGGGGUUUGGGGGGAUGGGAGGGAGGUUGCGCGGGUGGUGGGGAGGAUUUUGGAGGUUUUGAGGGCAAGGGAAGGGAUGAAGGGAGCUGAUCGACCUACCUAAUGGGCUUAUACUGGAUGGAUGGGUAUUUUAUCUUAGGUUCUGGAUGGUGUAUUCAAUGGUAUUAUGUACUGGUAGGUAAUCAGGCAGAUUAUCACAUGAUAUUAACCCGUG